GCCAUUCUCAUGCCUCAGCCACCCGAGUAGCUGGGACUACAGGCGCGUGCCACCAUGGGGAUUGUAGUUUUUUGAAGACACGCGUUUAUUUGCUCAGGCCAGCGGACGGCGUAGCCGGUUGUCGCUCGGGUCUGGUCCCGGGAGCUUCCCAUCUUGAGCAACUGCCAGUCUCAGAGAAGAAGAUUGCCAUGCCAGGAGGCAGGAACGCUGCCAAGAGGAAAGAACACAUUCUGAUUGACUCGGGAGUUAGAUACAGCUAAAUUCCAGAGUGCUGGAGCAGGAUUUGCUCGGUCGAAGUGAGCUCCAGAGAGGAAUGUGGUUUAUCAAUAACGCAGUGAUUUGGUGGCAGAAAAAAAUCAAGUCAGGGCCGGGCGCGGUGACUCACGCCUGUAAUCCCAGCACUUUGUGAGGCCGAGGUGGGCGAAUUGCUUCGAGCCCAGGAGUUCGAGACCAGCCUGGGCAACACAGCGAAACCCCGUCUCUACAAAAGAAUACAAAAGUUAGCCGGGCGUGGUGGUGCGUGCCUGUAGUCCCAGUUCCUUGGGAGGCUGAGGUGGGAGGAUCGCUUCAGCCCUGGAGGUCGAGGCUGCAGUGAGCCAUUCCAGCCUGGGUGGCAGAGUGAGACUCUGUCUCAAAAUAAAUAAUCGAGUCACCAGGGGGAAGAGUGUCAGAGGAAGUACAAGGCGGCCACACCUGCCCCUCUUUACCUGCAACACUGAUACUGUCAGUUUUACUGCAUUUCCUGAUACUGCACUUGAAGUUCUAUGAAAAUUCCACACAUUUCUCCAAGAUUCGCUAGUUCUUCCGGACUUUGCACAAAGGAGAAGUUGUCCCUGGGGGAUAGAUUCCAAUGGGGCCAGAACAAUGAACACCCAUACCAGAGGGGAGUCACCGCCUCCCAGGGCGGAGACCACCCCAAAGAGCGGAGUUUCUGGAUCCACUUAGCCCUUCUUUAACCUCCCUCGAGAGAGGCAGCUUGAUCUUCAGCCCUCCCACCUCACAAUCUACACAGCAGCCUUGAAGGAAAACACGCCAGACUUCAGACGUCUCUCUCCUCGCGUCUCCGAGACCGCGGGCUCCCGUAGGGUCCCCGUGGCCCCGAGUUGUAGUCGGGACACCCCGGCCGCGGGUGAUCGUCGGGUCUCCACGCGCCCGGGUCGCUGGCGCGGAUCCGGCCUCGGCGCCUUCUCAGGGCGCCCUGCAAGGCCGCGGGCAGGAUGAACAUUCUGGCACCCGUGCGGAGGGAUCGCGUCCUGGCGGAGCUGCCCCAGUGCCUGAGGAAGGAGGCCGCUCUGCACGGGCACAAAGACUUCCACCCCCGCGUCACCUGCGCCUGCCAGGAGCACCGGACAGGCACCGUGGGAUUUAAGAUCUCCAAGGUCAUCGUGGUGGGGGACCUGUCGGUGGGGAAGACUUGCCUCAUUAAUAGGUUCUGCAAAGACACCUUUGAUAAGAACUACAAGGCCACCAUUGGAGUGGACUUCGAGAUGGAACGAUUUGAGGUGCUGGGCAUCCCCUUCAGUUUGCAGCUUUGGGAUACCGCUGGACAGGAGAGGUUCAAAUGCAUUGCGUCAACCUACUAUCGAGGAGCUCAAGCCAUCAUCAUUGUCUUCAACCUGAAUGAUGUGGCAUCUCUGGAACAUACCAAGCAGUGGCUGGCUGAUGCCCUGAAGGAGAAUGACCCUUCCAGUGUGCUUCUCUUCCUUGUAGGUUCCAAGAAGGAUCUGAGUACCCCUGCUCAGUAUGCGCUGAUGGAGAAAGAUGCCCUCCAGGUGGCCCAGGAGAUGAAGGCUGAGUACUGGGCAGUCUCAUCUCUCACUGGUGAGAAUGUCCGAGAAUUCUUCUUCCGUGUGGCAGCACUGACGUUUGAGGCCAAUGUGCUGGCUGAGCUGGAGAAAUCGGGGGCUCGUCGCAUUGGGGAUGUUGUCCGCAUCAACAGUGAUGACAGCAACCUCUACCUAACUGCCACCAAGAAGAAGCCCACAUGUUGCCCAUGAGGGUUGAGGAGACUGUUCAGAGACUGCCCAGCCCUAGGGCACUGUGCCACCCUCAUUCCUCCAGAGCCUGACCCCUGGACAUUUGCACUGACUUUAUCCAGACCAAAGAGCUGCCUCUUGGUGGCAGUAUUCCCACAGAGGGGUAGCUGGGACCAUGCUAGUCACUUCCUGCCCCUAGGCACUGUGCCAAAGACUGGAUGCCCCCUACUCCUCAGGGGACUGUCCAGGGUGCCCAGUGGUAGUGGGGGAGAGUGUCUCUGUUCUUUUGCUCAGCCUGCUGGGCCCUUUGUGUAUGAGGAUGCUUAAUGAUUCCAGCCUCUCACUGUGCCUUAUGCAUUAAAAUCUCUUUGUUACGAGCA